CGGACUUAAAAAAUGGCUUUCCGAGACAUUGCUUUAUUUGAGAUUAAGUAGUACCCGACUAGGGAGUUGCAGACUAAGGUUAAUAAGGACUAACUAGCUACUCUCUGUGAAGCCUGAUUAGAGUAAUGUUGUGCACUCGGUGCAGACCUGAGGUUGCUCCAAAAACCAGGGCUGGACCCUGAAGAAACAUUAACAUUGUGUGGAACUGGAGUAAAUCACCCAACCAAACAAUGGACAAAGGUAAAAGACAACGUUCAAAGAAUUUCAGUGAUUUUGAAAGGACCCUUUUGAAGCAAAUUGUGUCAAACUACCCAAUUAUUGAGAACAAACAGCAUGAUUCAGCAACAGAAAACAAGAAAAAGAAUGCUUGGACUUCAAUUUGCAAUGAAUUUAACUCGAAUGAAAAAGUAAGCAACAGGACACUUCAACAACUUCAGAUCCUGUGGAAAAAUUUAAAAAUGAACUUAAAGAAGACAAAUGCUGUUGCACGUAGGGAGCGUUUCAAGACUGGUGGUGGACCCCCAGAAAGACCAGAGACCGAUGACCUAGGAGACUUGUUGACUUCAAUCAUUGAUAACCAGCAGCCCCUGGAAGAUGAUCACCAGAGUUUGGAGGUCCUGAGACAGGAUGAAAGUCAGCCCACUACAGCUGCAGCAGCCUGGAGGGAAGAUGGUGUCACAAAUUCUGGCCAGAUGAGAAGGACCAAGAGGCUGACCAUGUACGAGAAACUGUCCAUGGAAUUCCAUGAGCACAAAGUAAAGUAUUUAAAAGAUGAACAUGAAAUAAAGAUGAAAAUACUUCAUGUUGAUUUAGCCAUGAAGGAGGAAGAGAGAAACAUGAAGCAGCAGCAGUGCCAAUGUUCUACUGAAACCAGCACCAGUUCAGGGUCGCGAUAUCUCAAUUUGUGA